AUGGACCUCUCAGUGACCUAUCAGAUUGCAGUAUUACUACAAGCAUUUUCUAAACAUGGCCCUCACUGUUUCUGGGGGGGACACCUGUGUUGGCUGACCCCUCCCCACAACCCCCUGGCAGACUCGUCUGGUGGACCUCGGAUACCAAACGGCGUCCAGAGAAAUUUAUUUGGGAGGCCUCCCUGCGCGUACAACCAAAGGGGAUAUCAAGGAGCCCUCCGUUGUUUUGGCAGCACCAGCAGUCUGGUCUUACCAGGAGGGAGAAAAGGAAGGGGGCACACUUCCGCUCAUAAUCGCUAUAAAAGAGCGGGCAGUGCUGGUGCUGAACAAUCAGCAACUAAAACGGAGUGGACUCGACUAUCUUCAACUGCCUCACCUCACAUCAGAAAACUGAUCUAUACACCUCACAUCAGCAUGGCUAGUUCUUCCACCCAGUGUGCCGCACUACUCCCGAACCCACCAGCCCUAGCUAGGGGCCUGACCCUACGGUUGAAGCGUUGCGUACCCGCUAGUCAGCUAGUUCCCCCUCCACCUAAGAGGAAAUGUUCAAGAAAUUUACUUAGGAGGCCUCCCUCCCCGCACCAUGAAGGGGGACAUAAGAAUUGCCCUCCAUUGUUUUGGAGGAACCAGCUCGGUGGACAUCCCAUGGGCGAAGGGAAGGGAGGGACGCCUUCGUUCUCUACCCCACCUCCUGAGCAGCCACAAACAUCCCUGCAGGUUCAUCUGGUCCAUCAGCAGAAACCGUCCCAAAAAAUGCAUUUGGGCGGCCUUUAUCCAGGCGUGACUAUAUAGGAGAGGUUAAGGAGGCCCUCCUAAUCCUCCCUUGUUUCGGGGAAAGCAUUUGAAGAACCCCAAGACAAACACAAAGACAGCUGGUUUCACGCCCGAGGAGAGACAGGACUUCACAGAGCUAUAUACUAGAGGAGAGUUUCGUGGACACCUUCCAUCACCUGUAUCCCGACCUCGCUGGAGCGUACACUUACCAGUUCAACGCCAGAGCCAAGAACACUGGCUGGACACUUCUAAUUACCCCGGACUCUCUUUUGGGUAAUUUUCAUUGUUCUAAUACAACGGACACUCCAGUGCUUUAAUAUUACUAAAUAUCCGGACAAUACUUUGAAAAGUUGAGUUACAUUCACAGACGGCAAGUAAGACUUAGAGUGCUGCAGUUAGAUAGCUAUAGUUUUAGAUAGCUAGUGCAACUAUUCAAUCGCACAGUGUUCUAUUAAACUUAGCUAUCUCGCAUGCAGCUGCUUGCUUGUUCUAAUUAUUCCGGACACUUCACAUGCUCUAUAAAAAUCUGUUCCAAUUUUACCCGGACAAUUUCCAAAAUAAUUAUUUUUUGCUGUCCGAUAAAUAAGGAGACUGGAUUAUUUCGUGGUGUCUGAGCGGCUCCUCCCUCAUGUAACGAUUCGUAAUGAGGUGUUUGGGAGCGACCGUUGCCCAUUGGUGAUUGGAUUGACAGACCACACCCACAAGAGAAUGACGAACCCUGAAUUGAUUGGCUAUCACUAGCUGCAUUUAGCCAUUAUAUGACUAUCUAACAUAGAAUGCAAACAAAUAACAGUUAAUGUGAGCACUUUUACUUAAUAUGUUCUGGUGAUGACUACGUUUUUCAUCUUUCUCCCU